AUGGCUGGCCCAGGCAUCUUCAGCUUCUUGGAUCUGCCCCCACCGGAAGAGGAGCCGGCCCCGCAGAACGAAUCUCGAGAUUCCUCAGAUGAUAGCCCGGCCAUCCGGGAUGCGCCCACAGCAAAGGCCGCAAACAGCUUCUUCCCGACAAUAAGCACUGCCGGACUGCUCCAUGACUCUGACUCUGACGGUGAUGGUCUGUAUCUUCAGCAUCCCGGACAAGUGCCGCAGGAUGUACUGGCGGUGGCAUGUGAGCCCCCACCGGAGUCAUUCCCAGGGCUACCGACACAUGUGAUCCUCAAGGUUCUCUCCAUCGAGGGCCUUCCGGUACGCAAGGAAGAGCGGAAUGUUCCCGGCAGCAAAGGGCUGGGCUACUUCCUGGAGGGCAAGGACAUGAUCGACCGCAGCGGAGCCUCUGCGGCGAUCCUUCCGGAACCACAAAGCCGGCCUCCUGGCAGGCAUCGCUGUGCCGAGCCCCGCAUCUUUGCGGAGCUUUCGGGCGGCCACUGGGAGGCAGUCUGGGACCGCCCUGGUGAGGUGAGGGUAAAGCUCAAGGACGGCCAGGAUUCCGUGGUGGUUGGCAUUCUGCUGGGUCAAGAGGUCGUUGCGGUGACUGCAGAGUUGGACCUCACAGGAACCAUGCGACGGUUCUUCCAACCGCAGCAACUCUACAGGCCGGCAUUCAGCGGUGUUGCUCUUGGUCUGAUCGAGGGUGCAAGUGCAAAGUUGGCACUGGAGCUCUACCCGCCAGGGUCACAACUCCCUGGCCGGCCCGUGGAGCCCGAAAGGCCAAGCUUGGCUCCUGGGCCGCCCCAGGCCCAGGACGUGCCCAUCAGCGAUUGCCGGUUCUGUGACGGCUAUGGGCGCAGGAGCUGUGAUGGCUGCGGAGGGCAUGGUGUCCUUGUUUGCAGCACAUGCGAUGGCAUGCCGGCAUUGCCAUGUCCCGUGUGCCGUGGGCGUGGGACACUGCACGACAACUUGGAGGGCAUCGGCGGGCCGAGAAGCAGAAGAGCCCAAGACGGGGCCGUUUUGAGUACCGUCAAGGGACGACGAUGCCAGAACUGCUGGGGCGCCCCCUUGACCUGCAAAGAGUGCUUUGGCGCAGCAGCCUUGCGGUGUAAUGUCUGCAACGGUGCCGGCUGGUCAGCCGGCUCUGUGGAACUGAAGCAGAAGCAAGAGGAGGCCGUGGCCCUGCGAGAUGGGCAAAAUGCCGAGCUCGGAGAGGUGCUGGACCAGGAGUACUCAGCUGGCUUCUACACGGACAUCGAGUCCGAAUCUUUGCCUAAGGGCCUCAACGAGGACAUCGUCCGAAAGAUCUGGGAAAUCAAAGAAGAGCCCGAGUGGAUGCUGGAAUUUCGUUUGAAUGCUUUCAGGAAAUGGAAGCAGAUGAAGAUGCCAGAGUGGGCACAGCUUCAGAUGGAAGAAAUCGAUUUUCAGGACAUAGUGUACUACUCCAGGCCCAAAACGAAGAAGAAGAAGCAGAGCCUCGACGAGGUUGAUCCUGAGUUGCUUGACACCUUCGAGAAGCUCGGAAUCCCACUGACUGAGCAGAAGCGCCUGACCAACGUCGCGGUGGAUGCUGUGUUCGACAGCGAGAGCAUCGGGACCACCUUCCAGAAAGAGCUGGAAGAGGCAGGUGUGAUCUUCUGCUCUAUCAACGAAGCCAUCAAGGAGCAUCCAGAACUUGUCAAGAAGUACCUGGGAUCCGUGGUCCCAGUGGCUGACAACUAUUUUGCUGCUCUCAACAGUGCCGUCUUCAGCGAUGGCUCCUUCUGCUACAUCCCGAAGGGCACUACAUGUCCUAUGGAGAUCUCAACAUACUUCCGCAUCAACAACAAGGAGUCUGGACAGUUUGAGCGCACCUUGCUCAUCGCAGACGAGAGCAGCUAUGUCUCAUACCUGGAGGGAUGCACCGCCCCCAUGUUUGACUCGAAGCAGCUGCAUGCAGCUGUAGUUGAGCUGCAUGCUGCUGAGUCAGCAGAGAUCAAAUACUCCACGGUGCAGAACUGGUAUGCUGGAGACAAGAAUGGCAAAGGCGGCAUUCUGAACCUGGUCACAAAGCGUGGCAUGUGCGAGGGCAAGAAAUCCAAGAUCUCAUGGACACAGGUGGAAACUGGCUCGGCCGUGACCUGGAAGUAUCCGUCAUGCAUACUUAAGGGAGAUGACUCCAUCGGCGAGUUCUAUUCGGUGGCACUGACGAACAACUACCAGCAGGCCGUAUCAUCCGUAAUCUUGACUGAAGCUCGCAUGGUCACUGUGCUGAGCUGUCUUGUGCCCGGCUCAGACAGCUUGGCCUCGGACCCAGCUAUGCUGAGCUUCGAUGGCCUCCUCACCCAGGUCUACGAGGCCGGGGCGGAAGACGAAGAGGAGGCAGAAGAGUCGGCAGAGGCAGAAUUCCACGACAACCGGGGAGCCUCAAAGAGGAGAGAAGUUGAGGUCGCGUCACCGGCUCAGGCGCGAAGAAGAGAGCCGGAGCCAGACUACCCAAGUCCCAGUGAGCUCCAACUUCCUCACAGGUACCCAGUGUGGAGUGCCGGAGCCACUAGUUCUGCCAGGCUAAAGAGCAGCUCCAGUGCACCUGCUUUGCCGCGAGUGCGCUCUGCCAGACGAGGAGAGGAGUCGCUGCUGUCACCAUUGAUCGACGGCCCGGGUCAUCCCGCUGCACAGAGGCAAGCUGCCCACUGGAAACCUGUUCGCCGAAAACUUCCUCAGCAAGGGCAUCUUCGACCGCUCAGCCAUCUCAGGCGACUGGACACGCGGGAGGAUGCAAAGAAGUGGAUGCCUCCGAAGGUCCAGGGAGGUGGUGCUUGGGGUGGCAUCCUUCAGUCUCAGCAUCAGAGGCUUGCUGGAGUUCUGGCAAAGCAGCAUCAGGAGAUGAAGAAAAUGCAGCAACAGCUGGAAGUCCUGCAGCAGCUGAAUCGUUUGGGAAGCUACGUUGGGGGAGAUGCGAGGGUGGACGGUGCCGUGCAUAGCUAUAUGGUUGAGAUGGCGCCAAAGGUGGGCAGGAAGGCACCUUCUUGGAAGCCUCUGAGUCCGAUCCGCCGGUCGGCUCUGCCCGUCUUGCCCGAGGACGAGGAAGCGCGAGCCUCGCUUCCGGGAAGUCGUGGGCAAAGCUCCGAGGCCUCGGAAGAGGCUGAGGUGCUGGCAGAUCCUGCGCUGGAAGCCCAACAAGUUCCGGAGGAGGAGGAGGCCACAGAAGCCUCCGAGCAGAAGUUGGAAGCCGAAGGAGCUCCCGAGACAGAAGCAGAGGGAGUUCCAGCAGCCGAGGGACCGCUGGAGGGAGAGAUCGAAGUGUCGGUGCAAGUCACCCUCCCCUUGGACGAGGACGAGGAGGCGGCUUCCGUCCUACCGGGCCUCCAGCCGAGUGUCGAGGCCCAGCUGCCUUCCGAUGACGUGCUCGUGCCGGAGGAAGUGGGCUCACACAGUGACGGCGACGCGGUGGAGCAGCUUCGGAACUGCAGUGACUCAGAGGACGCGGCAUCCCCAAAGCAGGAGACGGCCAACGCUAGCUUUUUCAGAGGUGAGGCUCAAGCAUCGCUACUGGAACAGGCCGUCUCCAGCCAGAAGCAAGGCGCCCUACCCUUGGCUGGAGGCAGCUUCUCCGCCUCGUGGAUGCAGGAGCUGGAGGAAGCGGCUGCGCCUUAUGCCACCCUCUGCAGGGACACAACCGAUGUGCUUAUGGCAAAUUUGGGCAGCGUUGCAUCCAACUCCAGGCGGUCCUCAUUGGAAUCCCAGCUUCAUACAAGCCAUUACGGCCUGCCUUCCAAACAAGGCCACUGCGUGUUCAGCGGCGACCGCCGGCAGGAAGAGUUCCUGGGGCAGAUCGGAGCGACCGAGGAUGCGCCCCCGGAGCAGCCGGAGCCCGAGACGGAGAACACGCCGGAGCCUGGCGAGGAGGCAUCAGAGCAUGCUGAGGAAGAAGUGCCUCCAGAAGAGACCGAGGAAGCGAGUGUCGAGCUGAACCAAUCCGAGUUGCCUGCGCGUGAGGAGAUCAGCAUUCGCGGCAAAGACUGGUCGAUAUUGGCCGCGGAGUGUGAUGCCCUCCUUGCUGAGUGCAGGAGGCCACUUCCGGCAGACAGUGCGGCUGAAGCAGGCGGAGGAGGAACCGAAAUGGCAACACCCGUGCCGCCCGUGCCCACAGAACGCGUUGAGCAGGAGGACGACGCAUCACAGAUGAAAGAAGAUGCAACUCCUGCAGAAGCAGUUCCUGAGGACACCUGGGCCGCCGACACAGUGGGACUCGAGCUGGAUUUGUAG